AUGGAAGUCAACCCAGAUAACUUCUGGAGGCAGCUGCCUCGGAUUCUUCUGUCCAUCGCCAAAUCACAGUUUGUCGCCAUUGAUCUUGAGAUGACCGGGAUCGCGGACAAGAACUCGGAAGAGAGACUCGGGAACCCGACGAAGCAGCAAAUCUACGAAUCCGCCAAAAACAUUGCAUCCACUUUCAACGUGUUCGAGCUUGGUAUUAGUUGCAUCAUAUCCAAGCCAGAUGGCUCAUACACGACCGAGUCCUUCAGCUUUACCGUCAGCCCCUACCUGCAUGCCGACACCCGGAAUGACGAGACAUUCGUCAAGGACGUCGACCGAAGACUUUCAGUCUCGUACAGCACUCUUAAGUUUUUGAGAAAGGAGAGGAUACGAAUGGAGAAAAUCUACGACGAUUGCGUACCGUACCUCAGCCGCAAGGACGUUCGCAAGGCUACCGAGCGAAUGGAGAAGAGGAUGAAGCCGUGGAACACCAAAGAGCACCCUUACGACGAGGACGAAGAAGGCCUCUCGUUUUUCAGCGAAUAUAUCGUCCGCAGCAAGGCCAAGGUGCUCGUUCCGCACAUGAGGUGUCGCACUUGGAACUAUGGCGCAACAGUGAUCGUCUACCCAGUGGAUGACGAAGAAGAAACAGACAGAUACAAGUUCCUACAGGACCAGCUCACGGCCUCAUUGGCCAAAUACUCAGGGAUCCGGCUGGUCAUUGAAGCCCUUGCCGGUGGGGACUUUGCGGAACUGAUCGAUGCGGACCGCGUCGUAGAGGCAAUGUCAGUGUGCCCAGGUGAUGCGCAGAUACUAUGUCAGAAUGUACACCAGAUGCUUCAAUCAACAUUGGCAGCGCGCUCCGGGGACUCAUCAGAGAGCGAAGACCAGGACGACUACAAUACGUCCCAGACAUCCGACGAGUGGCCCUCCGAUCCUCUCCUGGAGCCCGACAACCCCUGGAGGCAGCCUGCUUUUGUCAAUGACUGGCCGGCACCUGCAGGGACUGGCCAGAAUAUCGACUUCUCUAACGGCUGGGGCGAUUGGGGCAGCCGGAGGCAAGUCAGCACCAGCAUCAACGGCGAUGAAGGAUAUGGCUGUAGAGCCCUUGGAGAGCCGAGCCACUGGGAAGAGGUGUGCACAAGCGACGACGACGACGACGACGACGACGACGACGACGACCCGACUGCACAGACCCUUGGCGAAAGAGUGGCGGAUGCCCUCAAAACAAUCGAGGACCAACUGAAGAGAUCACGGCCCGUCAUUGUCGGCCACAACCAGUUCAUGGACCUGUUGUUCUUGUACAACACAUUUGUCGACGACCUGCCCGCCACUUUGGACGACUUCUUGGCAAAGAUUCAUGAAUUGUUUCCCUACAUAUUGGACACGAAGCUAAUGGCAAUCAAACACCAAGCGAUCGAGGGCGAAGACCCCUUGGUUGACCUAUACGACAGGUUCAGCGACCGCAAGGCAAUGCCGCAUAUAGAUUGGCCGCCGGGAUAUGGCUAUGGUCGCAGUGGCACAGCUCAUCAAGCCGGCUUCGACAGCUACAUGACGGGAACUGUUUUCCUACGACUGGCCUGCAGGUUGGCAUACGAGAACCUGACGGGCGGCGGCGGCGACGAACAGGUUGGCCAGCGUAUGAAGUUGUUUUACAGCAGAGAGUGGCUGUCAGCCAUCGGACGCAAUCCCGACCACUUCCAGGGCCCGAGAGCCUCCAGCCCCGAUUGGCCGGAGUCGUCGGAUACCGAUGAUACCGGAGUCAACCAGCCCGAAUGGGACGAUGUCGCAUUUGACUUGGUCCGGAACACAAUCCGAAUUGCGCCCCGGAGAACGGUUUACCUUGGACAGCGAGGAGAGAGCGAGGCUCUCGAGACACGGGCACGCGGAAAUCCUCGGUAG